CCGUCCCAGAGCAACCGACAGGCCCGGCCCCUUCCUCUCCUUCCAGGCCCAGAAAGGCAGAGAGUCCGGGGAGAAGCGGUGACAUGAAGCGGCCUCUCUGGCCGGAGGGAGACUCGGGCGGCGGGCUUUAGCGGGAGCCAGGCCCCUUCCUUCUCCUCUCCUCCUUCCAGGGCGCCAUGUUCCGAAGGGCCAGGUUUAGCGUGAAGCCGAACGUCAGGCCCAGUGCUGCGGGGAAGGGGAACGGCGACAGCGGCCCAGCCACUCCCGCAGCAGCCCCAGAGGCCCAGCAGGCAAGCGGCAGCCCUAGGAGCAGCAGAGAUGAAAAGACCAGUGAAAGUGAUGGAGAUUGCAGUAAACGUAUGGAGAUGCUUCUCCAGAGAAGAAAACGAAUAUCCACUGUGCCCAACUUUGCUAAACCAAGAGUUACAUCCCCAUCUACACAACAAGCUGUCAACUUGGCAUCAAAAUAUUCUACGAAACAAGUACCUCAUCCCCCUACUCUUGGCAGCUCUGUGCUUCAGGAGACCUCUUCUUCUGAGAAAAUUAAUGUGGAAAAUUCACCUAAGUCUCCUGCCCUGCCUGAAAAGAAAACACCUGUGCCGCAAGUACCACAGUUUUCUCCAUUUAAAAAAUCUGCCAGUAAAGAGCCAAGUACAUGUGUUCAAAGAAAUGAUGAAUCACUUCAGAAGAACACAUCCUCACCACUCAAGGAGAGACCCACACAGGAAAAAUUAAUUCAAGAUGAAACAGCACAGUCAAAAUCUGCUCCAGCAAAAGAGAAUAAUAAGUGUUCAGAACAUGAGAAAAUAAUGAAAACUCAGACGCUAAGAAAGAUGCUUAAGGAAGAGUUGAAGAAAGAAAAGGAACAACGGAAAUAUAAAUCCCCCGUAACUGAAAAGAACAUACCAGAGGAUCGUUCAAAAAUGAUUAUGAGAGACUUCAUAUACUAUCUUCCAGAAAACAAUCCUAUGAAGUCUUCUUUGGUGGAAGAAAAGCGAACAGAAAAGACUGCUACAGUGACCCAAGCAAAAGAGUCUGAGGAGAUAAUUGCUGCUGAUCAUGAAGAUGAAAAUGAAGAAGAUGAAGAUAAUGAAACGGGAGAGGAAGAUGGCCCCCUUCUAGUUCCUCGAGUGAAAGUUGCAGAAGAUGGUUCAAUUAUUCUGGAUGAAGAAAGUUUAACGGUAGAAGUUUUAAGGACAAAAGGACAAUGUGUGGUGGAAGAAAAUGAUCCCAUAUUUGAGCGUGGUUCUACAACAACUUAUUCAAGUUUUAGGAAAAACUAUUAUACCAAGCCGUGGUCAGAAAAAGAAACAGACAUGUUCUUCUUAGCUAUAAGUAUGGUAGGGACAGACUUUUCGAUGAUUAGCCAGCUUUUUCCUCACAGAGUAAGAACAGAGAUUAAGAAUAAAUUUAAACGUAAGGAAAAGGCCAAUGGCUGGAGAAUAGAUAAAGCAUUCAAAGAAAAAAAGCCCUUUGACUUUGAUGUCUUUGCAAAACUUCUUGAGAAAGUCUUAGACAAUGAAAGGAGGAAAAAGGAAAAAGAUGCCAAAUGUCAGCGUCAAAAGGAGAAAAGUUCCAGUGGGAAAAAGGCACACAUGUCUCAGAAAAAGCGAAAAGGUAAAGUUGUCAAUGGGCAGCCUAGCUAUGGUCAAGAAGAUCUCCAGAGUGCUGGAAUUUCUGAUACAGAAAUGGAAGUGGAUGCUGAGACAGCUGAAAAGGAGAAUGAAGUAUCUUCUAGCAUCUUGGAACAGGCAGAGGGACAGACAAUGACAGAAUUGGUGGUGCCAAAAAAGAAGAGGAAAAAGAAAAAGAAACAUUCUGAACAUGAGACAGAGAAUCUCCCUGAAGAGAGAACCACCUCUGAAGAAAUGGCUGAGGGAGAAAGGUCAAGAAAGAAAAGAAAAAAUGUACCAAGUAUUGAGGUUGAUAGCAUUAAUGAAGAUGAUGCAGAACUGGAUGUCCUUGAUGGAGUAAUACAUGAAGAAAGUCACUCCUUGAUAGAAGAAGAUCUACAGUGCUGCAUAGUAGAUGAAGAGACUGAGCAAGAUUGUAUAUCCAAUGUUUGUGAUGGUAUAUUAACAGAAGCUGAGCCUAGUGAAUUGGAUGUUUUGGAACCUAGUUCUGAGCACCACAUUGGACAGCCCUCAGUUUCUCUCGGCACAAAUAAAAAUGGUUUUAAGGGGACCAAUGUAACCCAGCAGAGUGACAUAUCUGUGUUGGAUGAACUGGUUGAAAAUCAGAAUGCAGUACCACCAAGUCUUGAUGAAGUAAGGGAAACAGAAAUAGCAAUUACCAAAAAGCGCACAAUGGAAGGACCAUUGCAGAGAACUCCAUCAGACAUAACAAGAGCAUCUGAAAAAGGAGACCGUCUAACUGGUGAUGUAUCAGAGAGUACUGUGGAAGAUAAAGUUAAUGAAAUAAUUGGAUCUACCAGUGAGGAAACAAACAAAGCAAGCAAUGAUAUGGAGAGCAAAUCACAGCAAAUUCAGAAUACUCAUGCAGAAAAGACAAAAGUGAGAGGUUGUCGACAGAAACCUAGACCUAACAUAAUGAAGGCAUCAGGCAGAAAAGAAGCAUCUCUCCAUAGCAAUUUUGAUAAACCAGAGCCUGUUGAUGCAAUAGAAAAGAAUAAUGAUCAGGAUGAUGUACCCAAUGCCACCACUGUGGAUACUGCUGUAAAAGAUCCCAGGCAUUUAGAUACAGAAUCUUCGGUUCAUAAGAAAUCCACUCUUCAAGAAAACAGCAAGCAGACUGUUUUAAAACCUGCACCAUUAGCAAGGAGUCGAAUACAGAGGAUUACACCAAACUUAGGAAGAAUAGUUAGAAGGCAAGGAGGAUCUGCAAAAAACACUGCAGCAGAAAAUGGAAAAACAUUGAAAAUAGCUGGUGAACCAGAGAAGACUCUCAUACAACCAGAAUGUAAUAGUAAUGAAUUCCUGAAUAAGAAUAUAACUGAGGCAAUCAGAUAUGAAGCUGACAUGCUGCACUAUGAAGUGUUACAAAGCAAAGCUGUUGCUAGUACUGAGAAAGUAGGUUCUACACCAACAAGUCCAGGAAAGAUGCCACUGGAAUUUGAGAGUCAUGAAUUCAAAAGUAUAUCUCUGUCAAGCAGGAGUCUGGAGACUGUGGCAGAUUCUGCUGCAAGAGAUUCCAGUCUUCAGCAAGACCAAAAAGAUUUUUCUGCUGAAACAGAAUAUUCUUUGAAGAGUCACUGCCUUAGUCCAAAGCAAAAGUUGGGAAAGGCAACAGAAAAAGAGGCGCCAUCACAAGCAGGAAAAGAGCUGCAAGGGAACAAACAGGAGAGUGAAACUACAAUAGCGAGUUCAGUUGAUUUCAGUAGAAAAUGCAGUGAGUCCUCCAACCUAGAUGAAGCAGCAAAUGGUGAAUUUGUGCCACUGUCACAUUUGUUAGAGGAGUCCUCCACAGAUGCUGCAGAGGCAGUUUCACAAAAAAACCUCCAUCUGUCUCCUCCAAACCUUUCAGGCUGUGAGGAUGGUGAACCAAAUAAGGUGUUACGGUCCCCAGAUACUCAGAAAAACAUUUCACUCGGAUCCUCCAGUAAACAGAACUCACAAGAAGGCAAAGAGAGUGUUGUUCGACCAAUGCCAUCACUCAGAAGCAGAUUCCACAGACCAAAACCCAAUGUUGGAAGGGCUGUUGGAAGGAAAGAAACACAGUCUUUCAAAGCAAAUGAAGCAACAGUAACACUUAUUGAAAAUGAGAAAUCUGAACUACAAAAACCUGAACCUGCUAGAACUUCUACUCUAGUGGCAAAGCCACUCCAUGUCUCAUCUGCUGAACCAUUAGAAAAGAGACUUGUGGGGAUUGAGAAAGUGAAUUGGGAGGACCCUCAAGUGCCCAGUACCUCUCAUAGUAUUUUAGAUCUACAUCCCAGGAAGGAAUUUGGAGGCUGUCACCUCUGCUUUUGGUUAACCAAAAUUAUGAUUAAUUUCAAAGAAGUCGGCGUGGUUGAAGUCAAUAUCCAAGCUGGCCUGGGGAAUUUGGAGAAAAAAGAAAAAUCAGAAUCCAGUGGAUUACCAGAAAGUGUAAUUGAUCAAAAGAAUCAUUCUUCCUCUGAGAACUCACAGAGAUGUGAACCUCUGAAACACCCCAAAGAAGCCUGUGUGACAAAAGAUGAUGUUGAAGGAAGACUUCUGGAUGUUCCCAUAAGGGAUAUUUCUGUCUCUCAAGAUGGAAAUCAGUCAGAAACCAUAGCACCUGCUCAACACAUGAGGUAUCAUCUUCAGAGGCCUAAACCAAACAUCACUAGAGCUACUAAGAAGAAAGAUAUUUUUUCAGAAAAUGUUUGCAAAGAAGGCCAAACUGAAAGAGAUGCAGAAAAUAAAGCAAUACUAUGUGGAAGCAAACCUGGGGAAAUAGCCACAUCAAUGUGUGCUUCUGGAAAUUUGGUGGGAGCUGUAUGUGAAUCCUUGAGGCAAAAAGAUAGUACAGAUAACACUGAGACAGUGUCUCCAAAAAGAAGCAGGCACUCUGAAAAAUGUGACUCUUUAGAAGGGACCUCAUGGAGUGAAAGUCAAAUCAAGAAAGAAACACUGAAGUCCCUUUCUGUCCAUGGAAGAGCAUCUCAAACAUUAAAAAGAAAACAACCAAGAAGGACACUUAAACAGAGGAAAAACAUCUCUGCCUCAUGGGAACCAUCUGAAUCUGAGAACAACCAUGCUGAGAAGGAAAAGCCUCACCACAAGAUGAAACCAAAAGUUAGCAAAGGCAGAAGCUUAAAAUCAACCCUUCGCAAAAAAAGCAGAAAAGAAUCUGGGAGUACAAAAGUUAGCCUAGUGACCCUUAGAGCUUCAUCUCAGGAAGAAGAAGGAGAUGAUGAUGACGAUGACUUUGAGCUGGACUAUGAAGUUGAAUGUUUUUCACCAGAGGAAGUAAACAAAGCACCAGUGUUUGUUCCUAAAGGGCUUCGGUCUCCAAAUCCGGUACCUGUUCAAAUUGAGGAAACUAUGGAAGAGCUUGAGAUAUAUGAAGAUGUUGCACCUGAGCCAUGUCUCACCAAUGAACUGAAUGUAGCUGCUCAGCCUGAGAUACAGCUAACUAAACAUUCCUGUCCAUCACAAGUUGUUGUUAUACAAGAAGAGCAAAGAAAGGAAACAGGGGUGCACAGGUACCAGCAACAGGGAGAUCGAAAUGGGGAGGGGAAGCUAUCUAGCUUUCUGUCCUCUGGUUCCCAGGAGUUGGCCUCUGGCAUUGAGGGGCAGGAAAAGGAGGAGUGCAGCCACUCAGAAGCAGGUGAUGAAGAUGGUGCUGGUCCCAGCCAUGGCAUGAAGAGCAGUACCAGAGGAAGGGCUGUUCCGCUGUCCCUGCUUGCUCACCUUAUCACUUCGCAGGGGGAGGACAGAGCACGAGGGAUUAAUGAUGGAAGUACUGAGGCAGCCAUGACUUUACUUGCUAUGAGAGAUCCAGUGUUCCAGCUAAACAUUGCCACCCAAGAAAAAACACAGGAUUUUCCCCAUAACAAGGAACUAAAUGUUGCUGAUAGCUUAGCAGAUGAGCAUAAUGAAGAACACAGUAUAGUCCACUGUAAUGUGCCAUGUUGUCUGCCUUCAAAAAAUGAACUGGUUUCUUCAGAAACUGUAAACAGUGCUGUUACAGAGGAUCCAAGUACUGAACCAUUGGAUUUGGAAGAUAGCUUACAGGAAGAAAACAGUGAAUUAUUUCCUGGAUCUUCAAAAUAUGAACCGGUGUCUUCUCUCAGUAGAAAGUGUUCCGACAUAUCAGGUUUGGGAGGAUGUUCACAAGAAACAACCCAAGCCAGCAGUGUUUUAUCUACUUUCAAAGAAAAUAAAACUUCUAGACCAGCACGAUUCAGAUUUCGAAAACUUAAACCAAAUCUUAACAGAGGCCUGGGGUUAAACCAGAACACAUCCCAAAAAUCUCUUGGCCUGAUUUCUGAAGUGGAACAAUUUAAUCAAAUCCAGAAUGAGGUGUCAACAAAUACUACAGAAGAGCAGAAAGUUGAACUGGAAGAGAAUCUCAAAUUGGAAGAGCUAGCUCAGAGCAGUUCUGCAGAGAACCAUGAUUUACAGCCUGAAAGUGCUGGCCUUGCUAUGCAGAAAAACAACAUGAAAAGAGAAAACCUGGUAAAAGAGACUUGGGAAGUUACAUCAGAGUUAACUGCUUCCAAGGUUUCUCCAGAAGCUGAAACUUCCCCUAUUGAACUAUUGUGUGACCUCAAUGCAAACACUAAUGUCCAAGUUUCUAGUCCUGAUGAACAUCAGUUGUCUCCAGCUGAAGUAGCACUGGUUGGAACCAGCAAGUAUUCCAGUAUUUCAGCAGCUACCAAUAUGACUUCAGUGAUUGGUGACAUCAGAGAACAUUCAUCCACAGAGGAGGAGCCAACAUUCAUUUUAACUUUAGUGGAAAUCCCAAAUGAUUCAGAGGAUUGCAGGGAUAUACCCUCUUCAUUUCCUCAAGGUGCCGAGGAAUUGCUUCCAGCUCCAGUAUUUUUCACUCCAUGUGAUACAGAUGCAGCAGAACCCAAAAGAGAAGAUAGCCCUAGAAUCAUAACAGCUGCUGUUGAAACAAAUGCUGUAAUUACGGACAACAGUACAGAGAAACCAAGAUUGCAAACAGCUUCAUCAGAAGAAUUAGUAAAUCUGGAUUCAAGCUCUUGGAAGAAUUGGAAAAGGUGUGCUGUAGCCUUUGAAGGAAGUGACAGUCCUUCUGGAAAGAAAAGAUCUCCUUCGCUUACAGUGGAUGACUUGGAAAGGUCAACUAAGGAGACUUCUCUUAAAUUAAGGUGUAUGUCAAAGAAAGCUAUUGAAAAAAACUCAGAAAAACGGAGUAUUUCAAAGAAGAAAAUCUCAUCUACCUCUAGAUCAGUGCCUGAGCUACAUGUGGGGAAAAAAGAGCAACCUCAGUCUUCUCUGAAUGUAUUGGCUAUGCUGUUUGACGAAGCAGCUAGUACAGAUAAGCGAGUGUCAAGGACACUUCAUGCAGGAAAAGCAGAAAGAAUUGAAAAACAAAGACACUUGGUUGAUACUUGUAAAUCUUUACAAUCAGAGCAAGUUGGAAACACAGCAGUUCUUCCAAAAACACCUUUAUCCAGGCCAUAUCAAAGGUCUCUGGGAUUUUUACCAUUAAUAUGUAAAAAUAACAAUACGGAUGAAGAGAAGACCACUAAAGGGAAAAAAGAAUCCUUCCAGAAAACUCAUGAAGUGAUAUCUGAAAGUGCUGCUAAAUGUCCAGUCUCACCACAAGACAAAAAGGAAGAAAUUCAGGAAAGCAGUUCUCUUCCAUCAGCCAUCCCAUUGCCUUCCAAAUGUGAAGGUGCAAGUUGUUCUACUGUUAAGGUGUUUUCUGAGUUAUUUGACUGUGAAGGUUCUUCUAAGGAGCAGGAAAAAGAGGAAGAACCAACCAGGAUUUCAGAGUAUUUCUUCAGUGAUAUAUUUAUGGAGGUGGAUGAUUCAGAAUAAUAUAGAAACUUCUCAAAUAUCAAAUAUCCAAGAACGCACUGUAGUAGUAAUAUAAUACUUUUGAUCUGCCACACAUUCUCAAUCAGCCCCUACAUUUAAGGCAAUGUAAACAAUCCUGCAGAAAGAUGGGAUAAAAUUUCUCUUUUUCUGAACAGCCUGUCAGUUUCAAAAAACAAUGAAGAGAAAGCAUACUAUAAUUUUAAAGCACACAUGAUCAGAACAGCAACUGACCUGUGUCUGAAUUUGGUACUAGUAGUUUGUAGAUGCAUGGCUACUGUUUUAGAAAUACAAUGGUAACUCUGAGCUUGCCAAAAUACCACCUAAAGAGGAUACCUAUGUUUGUGGGAUUGGCUAUAAAGAACCUUUACUUCUUUUUGUGAAGUAUACAUUUUUGAGGAUAGGCGGGAGAGAAUCACUUUCAUCUGUAAAUAAGCAAUUUCUGAAUAUUUCAGUGUAAUAAGUACAUACAAAAUAUUUUGAGUUGGCUUUUUAAAAUGUAUUUUUAUAAGAAAUGUUAAAUUCCUUUAAAAUGUACAGAGAUGUGAAAAAAUAUUUAUUUAAUCUGAAUGUAUAGAAAGAUAACUGUCCAGUAGUAAUUCUGUGGCUUGCAGAUAAAGAAUUAAACAUUAUUCUGCUUCUAAGAACUACAAUCACCCUCCAAGUCUGCAGACUUGAGAUCCAUAGACUUGGAAAUCAGUGGAGGGGUGCCCGCCAUUAAUGUGAAUGGUGCGUGCCCCGCAUGCAUGCACCCCAUUCAAGCCUAUGGGACUUGAAUAUGUGCACAUUUUGGAACUGGGGAGUCUGGAACGGAUCCCCCACGAGUUCCAAAGGCCAACUGUAUAUUUUAAAUGAAAGGCUAAAAAUAAUGAUUUCAAAGCAUUGUUAAAAAGUCUUUUUUAAAAAAAAUUACCCAUAUAACAAGCAUACAAUUGAAGUUAAAAUCAGGAAUCAGGAUCAGUAAAGGAUAAUACAGUUAGAUUGAGUGGUUCCCAUACUUUUGUUUUCUAGUUAGAUUCAUUUGUCAUUCUUGAAUACAUGCCCAGAUUAGUCACUUGGUUCAGUCUUAAAACAAACUCUGUAACAGAACUAUGCAUUCUGCUCUGAAGGUAUUUCUCGAUAAGUAUAAUUUAUACAUUUUCUAUGAAGUAGCUAUUCUCACAUGCAGUUGUUCAGCACUGCAUAUUGCUUUCUAUAAUCAAAGAACUUUCAUUUUGUGUGUUUGUCUUCCAAAGACAAAAUUACUGUUACUGCUAAAUCUGAAAAGCAUUACAGACUCUUCAUUUCCCACAAAGACAAUGGGUGGGAUCUAGUCUGAGUAAUGUGUAGAGUUCACCUAUUUAAAUGAAUGGUACUUAACUUAGUUUUGACUUGGAUCCCCUUAAUUUCAGUGGAUGUACUCUUAGUAUGCCUGAGUCUAGAGCCAUCCCAAUAAAUCAUUGCUCAUUAACAAAUCAAUAUCUUAAUUAUCACACUCAACAAACCUUGACUGGCCUGAGCAUUUGAUUUGUGUUUUAAUCUUGUCUUAUCUUAAGGCGCUCUAAAAAGGACAAAAUUCUACAUGUUAAUGGGAUUCAUUUACCAAAUAUAAAUUUACAUCAAUAAAUUCAGAAGUGUUAACAUUUUCCAGUGAAUAACUAAAGUGGAAUCUGUUCCAGCAUGGAAAAGUCUGUUUCUUUAUAUUAAUGUUUGGAAGAGGUAUUCUGAAACAUUACUCAAAUAAUGAAAAACAAUGGAGUUUAUCACACGGGGGAAAUGUGAAGUUUAAACAGUGAUUAACCUGUGAAAAUUGUGCAGUUGACAUUAAAACACAAUUAAAAUGAGAUUAACACAAGAGCCAUUAUCCAAUGAAU